UAUUAUGUGUCACAAUCAUUAUCGAACAUGGCUCAUGUCCCCCCAACAACAUCUCCCCCCUCGAUCUCUCCAUGUAUUUAUAUGGAGCGCCCGGCCGCGCGCCACUGGCGGUAGUGGCAGCGCAAUCUACAGCUCAGCAUCACCUCCCAUGGCUAUGUCGUCUUCUUCUUCCUCCAGUUGUCUCAGAGGACAGCUCGCCGCCGGCAUUGCGCUCCUGGUCCUCCUCGCCGGCAAUGCCGACGCGUACCCGGGCGGCGGCGGGGACCUGAGGUACCAGUUCCUGUCGCAGCAGAACGCGGCGCGGGCGUCGAUUGGCCUGGCGCCGCUGGUGUGGGACGAGCGCGUGGCGGCGUACGCGCGGUGGUACGCGCAGUCCCGGCGCGGCGACUGCGCGCUGGUGCACUCGUCGGGGCCCUACGGCGAGAACCUCUUCUGGGGCAGCGGCACCGGGUGGGCGCCGGCGCAGGCCGUGGGCGCCUGGCUCUCGGAGCGUCCCCGCUACGACUACUGGAGCAACAGCUGCUACGGCGGCAUGUGCGGCCACUACACGCAGAUCAUGUGGCGCAACACCCGCCGCGUCGGCUGCGCCAUGGUCACCUGCUACAACGGCCGGGGCACCUUCAUCACCUGCAACUACGACCCGCCGGGCAACUACGUCGGCGUGCGCCCGUACUGAGCUGCUGCACAGCCACUGGCCGGCCGGCCGGCCGCCGGUGAUCACCAACUGCCUCUCCUGUCCUCAUGCUAGCUGGCUGGCUGGCUACAUUGCUGGCCGGCAUGUCGCAGAAGAGCCUGUCUCUUGCUGCUCCCCAUUAAUUCGUUGUCACUACAUUGAUCGAGAUGCUACAAGUGUACAAAAACGCAUCAUUAUUCUUACGGCGGUACUGUUACUAUUUACUUUUUUCUUCUUCUUCUUCUCCUCCUACCAAGAUACUACUCCAAUACUUUUUCUUCUUCUUGUCCUACCAAGAUACUACUCCAAUACUACCAUAUACUGUGAGGUUAUUAGCAGGACCCGAGAAUCUGCAAUAAAAUCGAGCUAAUUCAGCAGCCAA